AUCAUAAGGUAGAUCCUUCAGAGACUCGGAAGGAAAUCCGGUUUAUUCACAUUGUUAUCCCGUUAUUUCUAUUUUCUUUCUCAAAAUUCUUACAGGAGUGAAGUUUUCUCAAAAUUAGGGCUUUUAAUGGCGUCGAAGAAGAAAGAAUCAGAAGGAAUAGCUCUGUUGUCUAUGUAUAAUGAUGAAGAAGAUGAAGAUAUUGAUGAUAUGGAAGAAGAUGAGCAACAAAAAACAGAUAACGGUGAAGAUAUUAGGGUUAAUUCAGAAAUAUCUCCACCUAUUCGUCUUCAGUCUGAAACUUCACUUCCUAAUAGUUUGAUUGAAAAUGUUUCAACUCCAACACCUCCUCAAUCGCAGAAUACACAGGUAUCUUUUGCAUAUGAGAAGAGAGUGAAAAAAGAAACCCUGACGAUGAUUGUUGACUAUGGGCAUGAUGAAACUGCAAUGUCGCCUGAACCAGAGGAAGGUGAAAUUUCGAUUGGUGGUGAUGGUGUUAUGUUCAGUUCAGAGCUUCAAACUACAACUGUUACUUUGCAGGCAAGAACGCCACCAGUAACUGAUCAAAUUCAGGCAACCCCUCAACCAUCUGAACAGCCAGAUCCUUCUCAAUCUGAUAACGGUACUGCAGUGAACUGUGAUAAUAUGGAAAUAGAAUCUGUAAAGAAUGAGGAGACCGCUACAGUUUCAGAAGAAGUACAAAGAGAUAUCGAUGCACUGAAAAAGUUUCUGCCUCCCCCACCAAACACUAAGUGCUCUGAAGAACUGCAAGAAAGAAUAAACAAGUUCCUCGCACUUAAGAGAGCUGGGAAAAGCUUCAAUGCAGAAGUACGCAAUAGGAAGGAGUACCGAAACCCCGAUUUCCUGGUACACGCUGUCAGUUACCAAGGGAUAGACCAGAUUGGAAGCUGCUUCAGUAAAGAUGUGUUUGACCCUUAUGGAUAUGACAAGAGUGACUACUGUGAUGAAUUAGAGGCUGAUAUGAAGCGUGAAAUAGACAGAAAAGAACAGGAGAGGAAAAGGAAUCAGAAAGUGGAGUUCACUCCGGGUGGGGCACAACCUGGAACAGUUUCCAUGGCACCAAAACUCAGCAUGCCGCUUCAAGGUGCUCCGACAGUAGCAUCUACUGGACUGCACUCAAAGUUAACUCAUACUGAUGGUGCAGCACGUGAGAGUCGUCUGAACAAGAAAUCAAAGUGGGAUAAGGUCUAACUGUGGAUACGCUAGAUGGAGUCAUGAAUUUUUGUUCUUGGCAGGAUGAAACUGUUACAGAUCUUCCUGCCUCUUAACCUUUGUACAUUCGUAUGUAAUCGCUUGUACCAAUUUUCUAAUUAGAAAAAGUAACUGGUUCAGCUCAAAUCUGUAAUUUUAUCUGUCGAUUACAUUAUUUGUUUUAAGCAUCGUUAAUACCAAUACAGAAAGGAUUAUGUGAAUUUUGGUCAAGACAUUCCACCGAGAGGGUUGAUCGUCCUCCGAAAAUGUCAUUGAUCAGCUUAGUACAUUUGGUUUUGAUGAA